AUGGUUCUUUAUGAUGUUGACAAAGUUUCCGAGAACAUUCAGCACUUGAUAAAAUGGAUCAUGGACUGUUACACAGAUUCAUGUAAACUCAUACUCUGCUCUGAAGAUGAUGUGGACAUUCUUGAACAAGUUAAAAAUUGCUGCAAAGUUAUUGAGGUUGAUGCUUCUGUGACUCAUGAAAUCAUGGAGGUUCUUAUUCAGAUAGCAAGGAAGGAAGACUUUGAUCUACCAUUGAGUUUCGUUGCUAAGAUUGUUACAAAGUCAAAGAAAAACCUUAGGAAAGCAAUUAUGGCUCUUGAAGCAUGCAAAGCACACAACUAUCCUUUUGUUGACGACCAACCAAUUCCACUGGGUUGGGAAGUGGUCCUAGAUGAACUUGCUACCGAAAUUCUAGCUGAUCCAUCACAUAAGAGAUUAUUUUAUAUACAGGGAAAGUUUCAAAAGCUUCUCGUGGAUUUUGUUAAACCCAAGCAAAUUCUUCAGGGAAGCUAUGAGCUGCCAGUAUUGCAAAGAAUUCAGGUUGAUGCAUCCAGCAUUAAUUUUUCUCAUGGUCCUCGAUACUUUCAGGAUAGAUAUUGA